AGAGAAAGGGAAGCAGGCUCCUUGUGGAGCAGAGAGCCCGAUGCAGGGCUCGAUCCCAGGACGCUGAGAUCAUGACCUGAGCCGAAGGCAGUGGCUUAACCCACUGAGCCACCCAGGCGCCCCGAGGUUGUGCAUCCCUUAUUUGACAUAGUUUCCCCAGUAUUAAAGUGAAGAGACCCAGGUGUAUGGCUCUGUUACCUAUUAGUUAUGUAUGAUCUUAGAUAAUUCUCUUAAUUUCAUGGGCCAGUUUUCUUUCUGUAAUUUGAAUUAGUCAAACUGGUUCUCCCCCACCCCAGGAAAAGCAGCUUUUUUUCUUUUCUUUUUUUUUUUUAAAAGAUUUUAUUUAUUUAUUUGACAGAGAGAGACACAGCAAGAGAGGGAACACAGCAGGGGAGUGGGAGAGGAGAAACAGGCUUUCUGCUGAGCAAGGAGCCUGAUGUGGGCCUCGAUCCUAGGACCCUGGGAUCAUGACCUGAGCUGAAGGCAAAUGUUUAACUACUGAGCCACCCAGCUGCCCAGAAAAUCAGCUUUUUAACAAAAUUGUUCAUUGUUCACAGCAUUUAGAAAUGGUUACAGAUAGCAAUAAAAUUGGAAAAUGAGAGGAAAUAAUAACAAUCUAACUAAACAUUAAAAUAUUGAUGCAGCUUAACUAGGAAAGUCUAAUAUUAUUCAGCAUUAUUCUCUUUUGUUUAUGAAAAAGGGAUAAUAUAUUUUCAUAGAUGUGACAUUAACUUGUCUGCUUUUGCUACAGUGUGUUUGUUUUUUCUCUCUUUUAUUUAUAUUUCAAAUAUUUAUAACCAUUUCCUCUAAAGAAUUUGACAAACAAGUAGAUUUGUAUUUUUAUGCAGUGCUUUUCUAGACUUUUCAUCCAGAGUCAACCUGAUAAGGGGGCAAAAGACCAAAUGUGCUUUUUUGGUAGUUAUUGGAGAAUCUUGAUCUAUGAAUUAUCUUAAAAGUAUUGAUAAACUCCUCUCAGGGCUCAGACCUGGUUUGAGUUGACAUGGCUAAACGCACCAAGAAGGUCGGAAUCGUGGGCAAAUAUGGGACCCGUUAUGGUGCCUCCCUCAGGAAGAUGGUGAAGAAGAUUGAGAUACGCCAGCACGCCAAGUACACUUGCUCCUUCUGUGGCAAAACCAAGAUGAAAAGACGAGCUAUGGGGAUCUGGCAUUGUGGCUCCUGCAUGAAAACCGUCGCUGGUGGCGCCUGGACCUACAACACCACUUCUGCUGUCACAGUAAAGUCUGCAUUCAGAAGACUGAAGGAGUUGAAAGACCAGUAGAAGCGCCGCCGUUUGAAACAUUGCUAGCCUAUAAUAAAUGGGUUAAUUUAUGUAACAACAACAAAAAAGUAUUGAUAAACUAAAUUAUACUAUGAUUCACUAUUAGUAAUAUCUUAGGUCAGUAGUAAUUCUUACCUCUUGUGAGAAAAGUGCUCUUUAGCAAAAUCAAUUGCAGACUGUCCCCAAAGUA